ACAUAAAACUCCAAAAGUUCAGUAUCUAGGUUUACUUGCUUAUUUCUAUGAUGGCAGCUAUUUUGAAGCAUUGGAGAGAGGCAGCAACGUUGUUGCUCGUUUCAAAAUCUAGAAAAAUCGUUCCUAAUCUUGUUAAUGGCGGCGGCAUGCAGCUUGAAGGUGUGACCUCCGAGCUGUCAGAAUUCAAUUACAAAAUCCUGAUGCUAAAAAGGUCAGCUAAAAGCAAGUUCAUGCCAGAUGUGUAUGUGUUUCCGGGGGGUAUUGCAGAAGAUGCCGACUUUUCGACAGAGUGGUUAGAUUUAUACAAGAAGUUUGGUGCAUCAGAAUGUCAUGAGCUACUCACAUCUCUGAAAGUUGCAGGGGAAGGUCCCCCGAUGUUCAGUAGGCCACGAAGCCCUGAAUUUGAGCAAAUACCAAGUGAGUUAGCUUUCAGAAUUUGUGCCAUUCGUGAAACUUUUGAAGAGUCAGGGGUACUAAUUGCAAGAACAUUUGAAGAUAAAUCUGGUUUAAAAAAUAAUUUUCCUCAGCAACCAGUAUCUGGUACAAGUUAUCACCUGGAUAGCGAUGAAUGGCGUAAACGUGUGGAUAAAAACCCAGCAGAAUUUAUUGUGAUGUGUCGGACACUUAAUGUGAUUCCUGAUGUCUGGUCACUUUCAGAAUGGUCAAAUUGGCUGACCCCUACGACAUUGUCAACGAAUGCAAAAAAAUCAGGUAGAAGAUACGACACUGCUUUCUUUCUUUGUGUACUCGAUCAUCUUCCAAAAGCUGUGCAUGAUGACAAAGAGACUGUACAUUUACAGUGGGCAGCUCCUGACACUUUGCUGAGUGUUUACAACAAACAUAAAGGAGGCCUAGCUCCACCCCAAGUCUAUGAAGUGUGUAGGCUUCUUAACUUUCAAAACAUUGAAAACCUUCAACAGUUUGCAUGGGAAAGGGCAAUGAAAAAACGUGUUGCACAAUAUUUCCCUGUUGUGGUACUAUGUGAAGAUGGCAUAAUUGUUGUCUAUCCAGGCGAUGAGUUGUACCCCACAGACCCUGACAGAGUUGGGGAGAAUCCACCAAUCAGUUUACAGUGUUCUAUAGGGGAGCUUCCAGAUAAAUACCCUGUCAUGAACAGAAUGCUUGUUAGUGGUCCUCACUCGGUGAACACGUCAGCUGGGGAUGGCCAGGUCAUAAACCGCUGA